AUGGCCGUUGAGAACACCGGGCCUGAGCAGGUCAGCACAACGGCAGUGCUGCUUGCCUUGGCGACGGUAUUCACAGUCCUGCGAUUCUGGGCUCGAUAUCAAGUUGUCGCCAAAUAUGGACUGGACGACAGCUUGCUUGUCGCUGGUUUGAUUGGCGUGUUUGUGGUCGGUGGGCUUAAUUUUGGUAUGGUAAAUUAUGGCAUGGGAAGACAUGCCGACACGCUCUCGUUAGACCAACUCGAGGAGGUGCUGAAGCGUCUCUUGGCCUUCGAGUGCGUGUACGUCACGACAGUGGCGCUGGUCAAGCUAUCUAUCUUGUCCAUGUACCUGCGCAUCUUCCCCAGCCGCGACUUCAAAAUCGGCGCCUAUACAAUCGGCUCCAUCGUCAUCGCAUGGUGCAUCGCCAUCGUCCUGGUCUCAAUUUUCCAGUGUGAUCCGAUCGAGAAGGCGUGGAUCCCUUGGAUGACUACGGGCACGUGCAUCAAUCUAAGGGCCUCCUUCAUUGGGAACGGUGUGCCGAAUAUCCUCACCGAUGUCGCCAUCUUGGCCAUGCCUGUCAAGCAGGUCUGGCAUCUGCACGCCACCAUGGCGCAGAAGAUCUCGCUGCUGUGCACGUUCGGCCUCGGCAGCUUUGUGCUCGUUGCCAGUAUCUACCGUUUCUCUACUCUCAUGAGCUUCAAUGAAGAAGACACUACAUUCACCCUCGCAACCCCUUGCACAUGGUGUGUCGUCGAGUCCGCCUGCGGCGUCAUCUGCGCCAACCUCCCGACCCUGCGACCCCUGGCCAAGAAGUUCUCGAACAAGUUCGGCAGCUCCGAGAAGUCCAGGAGCCGGACGAACGGGAGCCUGGGCCCCACCGAGCUGGUCACCAUCGGGCGCUCCCAGCAGAUGAACAGCCGCAUCACCAGGACCAAGAGCCCCUUCGAGAGGCUGGACGAUGAGUCGAGCGAGGGCGACGCCUACGACGUUCCCACGAGAAACAAGAGACUAUAUAGGGAAGACCCCCUUACUUAG